UUAAGAAUUUAUCCAAACAAAAUGAACAUCGAACGCGUCCUAGAGAUGGAUUUAUGUUCACGUCUCUCAACUAAAACUCUCAAUUCUCUUUUCAGAUCUAACAAUUAAGAUACAUCUAUUGCUCUGCAAAUCCAUCUCAGGCGGGGAAUUUCUUGUAUCGGAACAAUGUGGAGGUUCAAAUCUUUUACACAAAAGGAACCCGUGGGGCUUGAGGGUCGCUAUCUCGAUGUUGGGAACCUUAAGAUCCAUGUACGAAAUGCUAUAGCUGAGGGAGGUUUCUCUUGUGUUUACUUAGCUAUUGAUGCUGUUCAUGCAUCAAAGCAAUACGCUUUAAAGCAUAUCAUAUGCAACGAUGAGGAGUCGCUGGAACUUGCGUUGAAGGAGAUUGAUGUCAUGAAAUCACUCAAAGGACAUCCCAAUGUUGCCAUGCUCUGUGCGCAUGCCAUCUUAGAUCGGGGAAGGACUAAAGAGGCUCUCAUUGUAAUGGAAUUUUGUGAAAAGUCUUUGGUCACUGUGCUCGAUAGCAGAGGUGCAGGAUAUUUUGAGGAGAAGCAGGUUCUUUCCAUAUUCAGAGACACAUGUAAUGCAGUUUAUGCGAUGCACUCUCAGUCACCGCCUAUUGCUCACAGAGAUUUGAAACCUGAGAACCUUCUUUUGGGGCCUGAUGGGUCAUGGAAGUUGUGUGAUUUUGGAAGUACAUCUACCAAUCACAAGCGCUUUGAGAAGCCUGAAGAAAUGGGUAUUGAAGAAGACAACAUCAGAAAGUACACAACGCCUGCCUAUAGAGCGCCUGAGAUGUGGGAUUUGCUGCGAAGGGAUCCCAUCAGUGAGAAGGUAGACAUAUGGGCCCUUGGGUGUCUGCUCUUUCGGAUAUGCUACUUCAAAAAUGCAUUUGACGGGGAAUCAAAGCUGCAAAUAUUAAAUGGAAACUAUCGCAUUCCGGAUUUGCCUAAAUACAGCACUCCAGUAACAGACUUGAUCAGGGACAUGCUUGAAGCUUCUCCAGAUGACAGACCAGACAUCACGCAGGUGUGGUUCCGUGUUAACGAGCAGUUACCGGUUAAUCUGCAGAAGUCAUUGCCUGACGGAUCACCUGAAAUGCAUUCUUCCGGUGGACAUGAAGGUAGUUUAAGGCCUGCAAAUAGGUCACAUGCAAUGCCUCAAAGAAGUCCUCCACCUCCACCUUCAUCUGGUUCUGGAGGAAGUGGGGGGCGGCUUGGUGCUUUCUGGUCCUCUCAACACGCCAAGGACUCCUUUCUUGAAGAAAACCGCAAACCUAAACUUGAUGAAGAAAUUAGCAAUAGCACAUCAAGACAGGACAGAAAUCCACCCGAAAAUCAUUCUUUAAGAAAAGCUUCUAGCCCUUCUAAUGAAGAAAAUAUUCAAAAUCAUGCUCCUCGGAGGAAUGUGCAUGGCAAAUCUCAGGAUGGUAGUUCCAAAGACUUUGAAAUUAAUUUCUUCGAGAAAGACAAAGACCGUGUCAUGGAGAGGCCAAAAGCAUCAAAGACCGAUAGCACAUCUUUAUUUAAAGAUGAAGCUUUUAAUACUUUAGUUGCUGAAUUUGAUACGAAUAAGCUGACAUCUGGAGCUGGCAACAAUAAAUCAGUAAAGGAAGAAGAUUUGGAAGCCGAAAUAGAAAGGCUUAAGGAGCAGUUAAAGCAGGCAAAUUUAGAGAAGGCAGAAGUGACAUCCAAGUAUGAAAAGCUGUCUGCCAUUUGCCGAUCCCAGAGGCAAGAGAUACAAGAGCUAAAGCAAGCCAAAUCUGCCAGAACUCCAUCACCAAUUAAAUACCAGGCCUCCGUAAAAGUGCAGUCAUCAACAAAUACUCUGCAAGGGGAAUCUGAGUCUAGUACCCCUAGUCCGGAGCCAAAGCCAUGGAAAGCAUUUGCAGAUGAUCCCAAGCAGCAGUCUUUGUCUAAGGGCAAGAAUCCUCAAUCUGUCAGGUCCAGAAAUGCGCAGAAGGGUGAAUUUGAAUCCUGGGGUUUCGGAGCCGAUAAUUUUUCAGCUGUUGCUGGUGGUGGCACUCAGGCAUCAAGACCCAGAAAUGAAGGAAAUGAUAGUCAGCACUUGGGCAGGACAAAGAUUAUGGAGAGUCAGGCAGCUAACCAACCUGCUGGAUGGGCUGGAUUCUAGCUUAUCUUCAAUAGUUCCUCUGCUUCUCACUGAUGAGGUUACAAAUAUAUGGCUUGUGGUUUUGUUUUGUUGUAUUCUGUGUUUUUGAAUUAUUUCGAAAUGUCCAAUAUUAUUAUCUUGACUAAAUAUCGAAGUGCAUAUGUUUAUACUUUCUUGCAUA